CACCUGAUAGAUGUGGGCGGGUACCACGCGGCGGUACUCGGCCCGCGCGUAUCCGACGAAAAUCAUUCCUUCGCCGUUCGAUCGCCGGCGAAGAACUACAGCGUGUAAAUAUUACCUGACGGUAAUAAUAUUAUUAUUUGUAUACACAGUUACGUGCCAAUAACGUAUUGUUAUCCCGUCAUGGAUGUUUUUAUCGGGACCGACGAUGAUCUUUAACACCACAGCUUAUACGUUCAUUAUAAAUACAAUAAAAUAUAAUAUCUUACUGAGCUUUUAGAGAUCGUUUAUUUUUUUGUUUCACAACUGCGUUUGAUGCUUGCUUGUCGAAGCUGCAAAAGUUAAUCGUACAAGAUAUUAUUAAAUAGUGCACAAUAUUGAAACUACGGCGCAACCGGCGGAAACGCGUGGUGUGUGCUGUAUGAUAAAUGGAGAACGGAUCUCAUUCUACUUUCAAACUAAACAUUAUCUCCAGUGAGUAUGAAUCAAAAAAUCAAAACUUCCGAAGACCAUUAACUCUAUUUUCAUUCAUUACGGCUACAGCCAGAGAUGGUUCCCAAGUUACGGAAAAACGUCUACAAGACGUAUCUAAAGUAUUAAAAGACAAUUUGACGAAAGGAACUACGUUGAAAUGCAAGGAAAAAAAUGUCGUCUAUCCCAUCAUUCACUUUACUGAGGAUCGAAAUUCGUUGAUGUCGGUACUCCAAGAUCAGAACGAAGUAAACGAGCAUUUCAAAUUACAUCAAGGUGUUUAUCGAGAAAUCAAAAGUAUCGAGUGUGAAGAUGGAAACGGACCAUUCGUAACGACGUCAACAAGCAUCUCUUACAUAGUAUCCGGAUUCAAACUUCUCGACACCAGUCUAGUGGAGGUAAUGAUUGAAUCCUGGAAGGACUGGACAGGUGCUAGACACAUAUAUCUCCACAUUCCGUAUGACCUAGGUCUCCAGAGAAUCUCGCUUUUGAAAAAAGUGGCUCCGAAUUCUUUGAACUCGUUUACAUAUAUUGUACUCGCUGAGUGUCUGAAUGUGAAUACAGAAGAAAAAAAAAUGUUACUAUUGGAUUUUGUUCAAAGGAUGAGAAUAGAAAAAUUUCUAUCUGGUUACCUAUCUGUUUAUGAGCUUAAUAAUACUUAAUUAACGUCAAUGUUAUAAUAUUACAGUGAAAAUAUACAAAACACUUAUAUGAAACUCGCAU